AUGGAGAAUUUGUUACUAGAAUAUGAUGAAUAUGAUUAUCCACCUCAUUUACCUAGCGGACUUUUGCCAACUGAUGCAAGUCCUGAAUGGUUAACUAAAGCUGAUAAUGCGUGGGUUUUAAUAGCGGCAGCAUUAGUUGGUUUACAAAGUGUACCAGGUCUCAUAAUUCUUUAUGGGAGUAUGGUCAAGAAAAAAUGGGCUGUUAAUUCAGCUUUCAUGGCUUUAUAUGCAUUCGCUACUGUGCUUUUAUGUUGGGUCUUGUGGGCACAUCAAAUGUCUUUUGGUUCUAAACUUACUCCUUUGUGUGGCAAACCUGCUUUUGCUCUUUCAGAAUCAUAUCUUCUUGGUCCAGGACCAGGUGAUCAUCACAUACCAAUAGCUACUUAUGUCUUCUACGAGUUUGCAUUUGCAGCCAUUACUGUAAUUCUAAUUGCAGGGUCCUUGCUGGGGAGAAUGAAUUUCUAUGCUUGGAUGUUGUUUGUUCCUCUUUGGCUUACAUUUUCUUACUCCGUUGGUGCGUAUAGUAUCUGGAGUGGCAAUGGGUUUCUUCAAAAAUAUGGAGAGAUUAUUGAUUUCUCUGGAGGUUAUGUCAUUCAUCUAUCAUCUGGUGUUGCUGGUUUUACUGCUGCUUAUUGGGUAGGACCAAGGAUACCACAUGACAGGCAACAUUUUCCACCAAACAAUAUUAUUCACAUGUUGGGAGGUGCAGGGUUGCUGUGGUUAGGGUGGAGUGGGUUCAAUGGAGGUUCACCAUUGUCAGCUAACAUGCUCUCAGCUUUAGCCAUCCUCAAUACCCAUUUUUGUACUGCUAUCAGCCUCUUGGUGUGGAUGGGCUUGGAUAUGUAUUACUAUAAAAAGAGUUCAGUAUCAGGCGCUGUUCAAGGCAUGAUAACUGGUCUUGUCUGCAUCACUCCUGGUGCUGGGUUGGUGGAACCAUGGGCGGCAUUGGUCAUGGGUGUAUUGGCAGGUUUUGUACCAUGGUACACUAUGAUGGUUCACAAAAGAUCCACUCUCUACCAACUAGUCGAUGACCCGUUAGCCGUUUUUCACACCCACUCAGUUGCAGGUUUACUAGGAGGCAUACUCUCUGGCAUCUUUGCGAAACCAAGUUACUUAAGAAUGUACUAUGGAGCAGAAAAACUCCAUAGACCAGGGCUAGUUUAUAGUGUAGCACAGGGACAACUCAGGGACGGUUUAAUACAAAUGGGCUACCAAUUACUCGGAGCAGGCUUCAUUUUUGUAUGGAAUGUAGUCAUGACAAGUUUGAUUUGUAUAUUCAUAAGUAGAUUUGUUAACCUUAGAAUGAGCGAUGAUGCUCUUAAGGUUGGUGACGAUGCUGCCCAUGGCGAAGAAGCUUAUGCUUUGUGGGGUGAUGGUGAAUUGGGUCCUCCUAUGCGCCUUCAUAUGACUCCAAGACUUCCUUCGUUUUGUCGCCGAUCUUGA